AUGGCGUUUCCUCGGACGUCCUCCAUCAUGCUGUGGUUCUCACUCAUCCUCUUUGUUUAUUGGACGACCUCAGCUGCUGAGUCACAUGACCCUUCACCUGCUGACCUCCCAGCCCUUCGCAGGCUCAAAAGAGAGCUGGAUUCAACCACCAAAGAACAGGUCCGGACUGGGUUCCAGGUGGGCAUUAGCUUCCUGAGCACGGUCAGAGACGUGACGAAUCAAAUCCAACCUAAGAAGCUGGCGUCGAUGUUCAAGGGCCUGGCCAGCUUAGCCAGUUUGGCGCCUGGUAUCGGAAGUCUGGUCCUCUCAAUUGUCAACGUGGUUUUGGCCUUUGUCCCUCAGGAGGAAGAGCUGAGCAAUGGCUUCGAUGAGGUCAACCGGAGGCUGGACAAUCUGGCCCUCCAGAUAUCCGACCUGGCCAAAGAAGUGGAGUGGUCCAAUUUUGCCAGCGUCUACUCUCAAGAUGAGAAUCACAUCUUGAACGCCUGGAGGAAGUUAGAUGAGCUUCAGAAGAACCUCAAGCUGGUGACGAGUGAAGAGGAGAAGCUGAGGCUGGCCGAGAUCUUCGCCAACUUCUAUGAGAACUCAGGGACUGAGGGCAGCGUGGCCAACAUCUACCAUUACCUGACGGUCAACGGCACGUCUCUGAGCAAGAACAUCAACAGCCUGUUGAGGGACAAGUUCAAGUGCAGCAUCAGUGAGAUAGGCCGCUAUAACCUGUACCUGAGCAGUCUGCUGUGGAAGGGCAUGGUCCUCAACCAGCUCCACUGGAAACUCAUCGGAUUCAGCUCAUCACAUAAACAGGAAGAACAUAACAGCAUGUUCAAGAACGUCUUCAAAGCUCAGAAUGAUGCUUUGCAGUUCUGUCUGGACAACUUUGAGCAGUACUUGGUUAAAGACGUAGAGGUGGUCAGCAAAAGAUUCACCAAAGACCAAAAAGAGGAGAUCGCUGCCGACGUCCAAAAGACUCUGGAGGAGAAGUACUUCUGGUACAAGUGGACAGUGAUGGUAUACAAGGAGGAGGAUGAGGUCUACUACAGACUGGUCCAUAUGUGGCGUGUACCUGUGGGGGAGCUGGUGGUGGCGGUGGGAUACACCCACAAGGAAGAGGACAGAGGAAACGCGGACGUUGAGUCUGCCAUUCAGAGAUGCUUUGCUAAAACCCAGUGUUGGCACUUUAAAAAGAAGUACCUGGACUGUCACGUUACGGUGCUCCCUGAAGAUGAUCCUAACAUCGAAGUGGAUUAUAGAAACUUUACAGACUAUGCCAGAUUUUUAAAUUAUGUUCCGGAUUAUGAUCCCCCCCCAGUGCGUCGUCAUUCCUCCCGAAUUACUUAUCCUCCCCCCCCAGUGAUCUUGACACCACCUGUUUUCAAAAAGGUGGCGUGCCCUCCCCCUGGUUUUCCGUACAAGGUGGACUUCUACCUGUCCAGACGGCUGCCGGUUUGUUCCUCACCUGACUACUGUCAGCAUGGAGGCGUGUGCAGGCGGCUGCUGGACUCCAAUGAACACCUAUGUGACUGUCCUGAUGGUUACUAUGGAAACAGAUGUGAAAACAGCACCCGCACCUUCCAAAACGUUGACAUCGGUUUCCUGGUGCCAGACAUAACCACCCUCAACACCAAACUGGACCAGAUACAGGACAAGCUGGACCGGAUCAUGAGGACAUGUCCGGCCCACUAA